AGAAUUUUCAGCUGCUCAGAGUUUUCACAUUGAAUCUUCAACAAUUCUACCGCGGUGCAUUAAAGAAAUCAGGAUUAUGCUCAUCCAAUGAGCAUGGUUGCAAGGUGGUUGAGAGAUUCUGCUCAGUUGAUGUUAGCUCUGUCAGGCAUCGGUGGUGGAGACUGGCUACCACCCUUAGUGCAAUCAAUACACCAAGAAGUUUUAGCUUCCUACUCUUUUCUUAGUUGGGAAAAUGAAUCCAUCAGGAAGCCCAAAGCUGUUGAAAGAGAUUUAGCAUUGCUUUGUACUGCUCCAAGUUUAGACCUGGAAGAACACUCUUGUUCUAAGUGUCUGUUUGCAAUGGACACCGAGUCACUUUCUGAGUUCGGGAUUCAUGCUCUCAAGAGUGCAAUACCUGCCCCUUCUUUAGAUCAAAGUUUAACACCAUCAGUCCUUAAUGAACACUGGGAGGGAGCAGAGGCAGGCAUGGGUGAGGACCAUGAGGACCCCUCGGAGGCUCGUAAUUUCAAUAGUGCAGGCGACAUGAUAGAUUUAUUUAAUUGCUCUUCUACUGCAAGGAUGAUGAAACUAAAUGCCCUUGAGGAUGCAAGCCCGGGAUUUGAAGAACCUGCCCUCUACACUCACUCUGAAGGAGAGAAAACUGUUUUUAUUGACUCUAAGCUUGAACCGUUUAGAAUCAUAACUCCUAGUUCCUCUAAUAUGUCAUCGCAGCUUCCGAAAUUAGCUAAGGGUAAGGCAACCUACUCACCAUCUCAUAUGGUUACUAGAAGUAGAGCUAAGAUUAUAGCAGCGGGAAGGACAGAACACCCCAUUAAGGGAGUUGACACAUCUGAUGAGGAAAGCGAAUCUUUUGUAGAAGGCAUCCGCUCCACUUUCAAGAGGAGUUGUCCAUCAAUCAAAACGAAGAAUAUCCAAACCUUUACUCCAACCUCGGAAUCCCAAGUGAAGCUUAGUAAAAAACAGAAAAAGAAGGCAAAGAUGAAACUCAAACAGGCUCGGGCGGAGGAAAUAGCACACUUUGCGGUCAAAGCGAAGAAUUUAGUAGAUCCCGAGUCUUUUGAGGAGUUUGAGGAUGAUUUGGAUAACUUGAAUUUCUUGUAACUCUUUUCUUUUCAUGUUUUCCGGGCACAUUAGGUGCAGGUUUUCAUGCUUUUCCUUAUCUUAUUUUUUUUAGCUUUGUCGGGCCUUGUUUGGGUUUAGCCCACCCUCUCCGUUUGUACUUUUAAUUUCUUCUUUAAUUUAAUAAGAUAGAGCGUCCCUG